AUUAGUGCCGCACACUAACUUCCCUACUGGUAGACCUCUACCAAGAAUAGAACAAAUCUUAAUUACAGAGAAGUGCAAAAGUGUUACUAUUCUCUUUAAAAAUAGGUGCAAAGCCUUAAUUUUGUUAACCGUAUCCAUUUUUUUGCAGCUUUCUUGGUCAAAAAAUGAAACAUUCAUCUUUGGCCGGAAAGCUUCUUCAACUCGUAUUAUGGUCAUUCGUACUUAGUAUAGGAUCUUGUGUCCGACACAAUGAUUUCAAAACUUCGUCUCAGGCGUCUUUUGCUAAAAGAAACCGCGGAUUGGCUGAUAUUCAAAGUGAACAAUCCGACUCUUGGAACGGAUUGUUCGAGCCUCUGCAGCACAGUCUCUCCUACGAUAAUGGUGUCUUUCGAAUGGAUUUGGUGAAGACAAAAGAUACUGACGGUACCAUUGUACAAGAGCUUGAAGAGCGUCCGGUGUUUCCCUUGCAAAUUACGAUUCUGCAAGAUAAUACCGUCCGUAUUACCAUGGAUGAGCAGAAGCGACUGAAUGGAGAGGCUUACUAUUCUAAUGAAGCGCUUUCAACGCAACGUUUCAGUCCCGAAAAGCACAUUCUUUCCAAUGAGUCACUUCAAGUUGAUACGAAAAACCUCGAGGUCUUGCAUAAGUUUAAGAAUUCUUGGGUUAUUGCUUUUGGUGAAAAUCUGAAGAACAAAUUAACAGUUUACUUUUCUCCACUUCGCUUUGAAUUUAGCCGUGAUGAUGAAUUGCAGAUUGUUCUGAAUGAACGUGGGCUGUUAAACAUGGAGCAAUGGCGUACUCAUCCAGAUUCCACAGAUGAUCUUAAGGGUCAAUGGGAGGAGACUUUCAAUGGGUUCCGCGAUUCUAAACCCAAGGGUCCUGAAAGUUUGGGCCUCGAUAUUCAGUUUGUUGGAUAUGAGCAUGUGUACGGUGUUCCUGAACAUGCGUCUACUCUUUCCUUGCGUGAAACAAAGGGUGGUGAUGGUGCGUAUACUGAACCGUACCGUCUUUACAAUGUUGAUAUCUUUGAAUAUGAAUAUGAUUCACCCAUGAGUCAGUAUGGUGCCAUUCCAUUCAUGCAGGCCCAUAAAAUUGGCUCUGAUGUGGGUGUCUUUUGGUUAAAUGCCGCUGAAACUUGGAUUGAUGUGGAAAAGGAACGAAAUGAAAAUAACGAAACUCUUUCUACACGUACUCAUUGGUACUCGGAAUCCGGAAAGUUGGACGUUUUUAUCUUUAUGGGACCAACAGCAACGAGUAUUUACGAUAAGUUUACAAAACUUACUAGUCGCUCUCAGCUUCCACCACUGUUUUCUAUCGGUUAUCAUCAAUGCCGUUGGAAUUACAUGUCUCAAGAGGACUUGGAAUCUGUUGAUUCGAAAUUCGACGAGGUUGAUAUGCCUUACGACGUUAUUUGGCUUGAUAUAGAGUACACGGAUGGUCGCCGUUUCUUCACCUGGAAUGAGAACUUUUUCCCUCAUCCCGAUUCAAUGGCGGAAAAGCUGAAUGAAACAAGUCGUAAACUUGUGGUGCUGAUUGAUCCUCACUUGAAGCAAGAUAAUAAUUAUUUUGUAUACAAGGAUAUUACUGAAAAUGACUUUUGUGUUAAAGAUGCAAAUGGAAACAACUAUGUUGCGGACUGCUGGCCUGGAAAAUCAGUUUGGCCAGAUUUCAUGAAUGCAUCAGUUGUGGAAUGGUGGGGCCGAAUGUACGAUGCCGAUCAUUUCCCUUAUGCUGCAAAAAACAUUCAUAUUUGGAAUGAUAUGAACGAACCCUCUAUUUUCACCGGCCCCGAAACCAGCAUGAUACGUGACACAAUUCAUGCUGGGGGCUUUGAGCACCGCGAUAUACAUAACAUCUAUGGUCAUUUGGUCGUAAAGGGUACAUACGAUGGUCUUCGUGUUCGCGACAAGAACACCCAACGUCCUUUUAUUCUAUCUCGUUCGUUCUAUGCUGGCACAAAUUCGCUUGCUGCUACUUGGAUUGGUGAUACGAUGGGAACAUGGGAGCAUCUUCGUGCUUCUCUCUCCACUGUUUUAACGAAUGGAAUCGCAGGAAUGGCUUUUUGUGGUGCCGAUGUUGGUAGCUUUUUUGGUAACCCGGAUGCUGAGUUGUUCGUCCGUUGGUAUGAAAUGGGUAUCUUCUACCCCUUCUUCCGUACUCAUGCCCAUCUUGACACAAAACGGCGGGAACCAUGGUCGUAUGGAGAACCUUACACUUCUAUGCUUCGUGAACUUCUUCGAAUUCGCUACCGCUUGCUUCCCGUAUGGUAUACGGCUUUCUUCCGCAACCACGAAAGUGGGUUGCCCAUCCUUACUCCUCAAUUCUUAGCUCAUCCGGAUGAUUCGUAUGGAUUUUCCAUCGAGGACCAAUUUUACUUGUCUGAUUCUGGUCUUCUUAUCCGUCCAGUUACUCGUCCUGGCAUCGAGGAAACCAGUGUUUACCUCGCUGAUGAGGAGCGCUAUUAUGACUAUCAUGAACCCCAUUCCAUCAUUCAAGGAAAGGGAAAGCACAACUUGGCAGCACCGUUGGGACACGUUCCCAUAUUUCUUCGUGGAGGACACAUAAUUGCAACACGCGAGCGUAUCCGUCGUUCGGCAGAACUUACUCGUUAUGACCCUUACACAUUAACCAUUGCUGUUCCUGCUAAUUCUUCUGAGAAGGCGGUAGGCUCUCUGUAUGUGGACGAUGGAGUAAGUUUUGCUUAUGUUAAUGGCGAUUAUGCUCUCUUCAAGUUUGAGUAUGUUGACGGUGUUUUACGUAUAAUUACCGAGCAUAUGGGUACGGGCAACAAUUUCAUGACCAUGGUUAAGUUCUUGAAAAUUGAACGUAUCGUUAUACUUGGUGCACAACCUCAUCUGCUUACUGUUCAACUUUAUGACACAGAGGGUUUUGUCGCACAUAGUGCACAGCUUCCCGUUGAGGAUGGUGGCAUUGUCAAACCUAUGUUUCAUUUUGUUUAAGCAGCCUGUCCAUAAUGAAUUCACGACCACCAAUGUGUCAAUGAGUUAGAGCAUGGGCAGCGGUGUUAAUGAUAGUAACGUAGUCUUCAUUAUUUAGAGGAACUAAUUGGUUCAUAAGUUACUAUAUAUCAUUGUAACAAAAUUCAUGAAAAUAUACUUUGUCGCUACGAGCAACAAAGCGUAAAUAAUACUCAAAACUAAGAUUUGUGACACUUUCAGUUCAUUUUCCAACGAUAAUAGUCUACCUCUACAAAUAUUAUUAGUACAUCGUUGCAGCCA